CAACUACAUCUGCCUGCCUAUCGACUUCUCGAAGUCAGAUCCUCAUUGGAUAGUCGCGUGAGAGGUGACCGGCUGCAUACUACCAGAUACAUAACCGAGACGCAAAGUUCUACGCUGAGACGCACUAGUAUGUAUAUGUGGGUAGGAACGGCGCUCGUGUGCACAGCUGAUCUUCGUCCCCCUUGGAUGUGUUCGGUAAGCUUUUUGACAAUUUGAUCACAAUACUGCGUUGAUCCACGCGCGAGUCACCUACCGCUUACGAUACGUCUCUUCUCUCCGAGGAGGCCUAUGGCUCCCUCGUGUCCGCGCCGACAUCGAGGGUCGCGGGGCUAGGCGACCGUCAAGUGUGGACAUCUUCACUGAUGCCUGUGCAUCCCAUCAUUUGCUGCCUGGUUGCCUUGCAAUGGCGCAGGGGCGCAGCCACGAGAUCUCUGAUAUCGUUUCGCCAACCAGUCAUAACACGCGACAUGGGGCUCUCGGGAGCUGUCGCAAUGGACACUCGGGCCCAGCAACCCCGACGCCGGCUCCCGCCGCUCAGCUCGAUACAUAAAGAGCCCCGCUGCCUUGUGACGUUCCGCCCACUCGCUCGCCCGUCGCUACCGACGCGCCCCGUUUGUCGUCGUUCCCCUUCUCGCCUCCCUUUCUGGCCCCGCAGACCCUGGUGGUUCUUUCCCUUCUUUUCGCCGACUUCCUGGAGCUUCUCUCUUCGUUCACCUUCUAGCUUCAGUUCUCAAGCUUUCGAUUAAUCGCUUCCGUAACGACUAUGGCACGCAUCCUUCGCUCUUUCCUCGGCCUCGCCGCUCUCGCCGCCCUCGCGCGCGCGGCGCCCACCCCGCUCUUCGGCAUCAACAUCGGCUCCGGAGACGAGACGGACGGCACGCCGAGCGCGGUCUCGCAAGACGACAUCACGACGGACCUCCAGCGGCCCGCACAGUUCUCGCGCGCGGCGUACUGCUCGACCGCGUCGGUGCAGAAAUGGUCAUGCGGUGCUGCGUGCGACGCGAUCCCUAACGUCAAGGUGCUGGCCGCGGGCGGUGACAACGGAGCUACGCCUGACUUCUUCAUCGCGGAAGACCCAGACCAGCAGCAGGUCGUCGUCGCGCACCAAGGCACGGACCCGCACGAGAUCCUGUCGAUCGCGAACGACGUCGAGUUCGCGCAGGUCGACGCGAACGCGACGCUCUUCCCGCAGGCGUCGUCGGACGUCCAGGUCCAUUCUGGCUUCCAGGACACGCAGGGCCGCACCGCCGACCUCGUCCUGUCCACCGUGCAGAGCUCGCUCGCGUCGAACGGGUUCAAGAAGGUCCUUGUCACCGGGCACUCGCUGGGUGCGGCCGUGGCGAGCCUCGACGCGGUGAUGCUCCGGAUGGCGCUCCCGGACGACGUCGAGGUCGACUCGGUCGUCUUUGGGCUGCCCCGCGUCGGGAACUCGGCGUGGGCGGAUCUGGUCAACUCGCUGAUCCCGAGCUUCGCGCACAUCACGAACCAGGACGAUCCGGUGCCGAACGUCCCGCCGCACUUCCUCGACUUCGAGCACCCCGGCGGCGAGCUUCACAUCACCGCGGUGGACAACUCGACCGGCCAGGCGACGAUGGUCAACUGCCCGGGGUCGGAGAACCAGGAAUGCGCGGCAGGCAACUCGCUCCUCGACACGUCCAUCCCGAACCAUCUCGGCCCGUACUAUAACGGCAUCUCCUUCGGUGACAAGGCGUGCCCCAACUGAGCGUCUACCGCGUCUUCACAUGCUGCCGGAUUAUUUUGCGCUCUCUUGAUGUUAGUUUGAAGCGGUUGGCUUCUGGGAUGCUGGUCGGUGCUUGUAUUCGUUCUGUUGUAGGGAAAUCACUAGCGGGGCAUUAGGGACGACAAAAUCUCAUCGUAUUCUCUCGGGCGAUCGGUCUGACCGAUCUCGCUGAUUUACGGGCAGUUACAGAAGCAAGGCUACGAUACAGACACGCGUUUGACGACCUCGAACAGAACUUCCGAUACAUUGUGUAUGUGACCCGAGAAUUGGGAUGCAUUCGUACGGCUUCAUCCCCCUUCAUACUUUAGGACUCUUGAACGAGUCCACGUCGACGUUUGGUCUCACCUCUUGAUGAAGUCGCGGAUCUGCGUUUCUUCAUCAUGUGGAUGGUGACCAUAGGGGUGGUCAGAGUGCACGAUUACGGGGCGAUUCUGGGACGAUUCUGGAGGCCGAUUCUAGAGGCGAUUUUGUUCUCAGAAUCGCGAUUCUGCAUUCCCCCAAAUCCUCCCCAGAAUCGCGACCAUAACUUUUCCCAGUAUCUUCCUUCGGUAUGGGGUGGUCAGAGUAGGCCGCGAUUUCGACACCAUUCAGAUAUUCAGAAUCGGCGCGGAAUCACUGGGAGAAUCGCUUCAAAAUCGCGCACUCUGACCACCCCUAACAACACCGGUGAUAUGUACGUGAUGGCGGUUUGUAGCCA